UUAGGACUUCUUCCGGUGUGCGCGUAGGGAUCUCACACUAUAUAAGAGAGCCGGGACGAGAGCCGGAUCCUCUUUCGUAUCUCCGCUUCCAAGAUGACCAAAAAAAGAAGAAACAACGGGCGAGCCAAAAAGGGCCGUGGCCACGUGCAGCCCAUCCGCUGCACCAACUGCGCCCGGUGUGUGCCCAAGGAUAAGGCGAUCAAGAAGUUCGUCAUUCGGAACAUCGUGGAGGCCGCGGCAGUGAGGGACAUUUCCGAAGCCAGCGUUUUCGACGCCUAUGUGCUUCCCAAGUUGUAUGUGAAGUUACACUACUGUGUGAGUUGUGCCAUUCACAGCAAGGUGGUAAGGAACCGAUCUCGUGAAGCCCGCAAGGACCGAACACCCCCUCCGAGGUUCAGACCUGCGGGUGCUGCCCCAAGACCUCCACCAAAACCCAUGUAAGGCAGCUACUGACCUUAAGGAUUGAAGACAAACUCCUUCCGAGGAAAAUAAAGUGGAACUUAUACCUUG